AUGAUAACAAAAACAGGAACAACAAUUGUAGGGAUGAAGUACAAGACGGGAGUCAUACUUGCAGCAGACACACGAUCUACACAGGGGCCUGUGGUCUCGGAUAAGAACUGUGAAAAGAUUCACAGGAUUUCAGACAAGAUUAUGUGCUGUGGAGCAGGGACUGCAGCAGAUGCAGAAAGGGUGGCGAGAAUGGCAUCACGGGAGCUCCGACUCUUUGAAAGAAAGUAUUUCCGAGCACCUCUUGUAUCUCAUUUCCGAAAGGUGUGUGUGAACCACCUGCAUAAAUACGGAGGGCAAAUAGGAGCAGCUCUAAUUGUUGGAGGGAUAGACUCUGAGGGAUGCCAUCUUUUGGAUAUUCAUCCCCAUGGAUCGUCAAACUCUACAUUAUUCACAUCUCUAGGAUCUGGGUCUCUUGCAGCCAUUGGGGUUCUCGAAAGCAAGUACAGGGCCAUGGAUAAGAAUGAGGCCAUUGAGCUCGCAUGUGAUGCUGUUCAGGCUGGGAUCCUCAACGAUCUGUACUCUGGAUCCAACAUCGAUGUGUGUGUGAUCGACUACUCUGGAGUCGAGUUUCUUCGGAACUACAAGAGGGUUGGAGUGUGUGAAAACACAGACACAUUGGUUUAUCCCUUGGACUCGGUCCAAAUCAAGAAGGAGGAAGUGUUUGAUGUUGUUGAGGAAUAUUAA